AGUACAACAAUCAAUAACACUGCUGAAAGCACCAUGAUUAACAUAACUGAUCUGACUCCUGGAGUGCAGUACACGUUCAGAGUGUUUGCAGUUGCUGGAGAUAAUAAAACUGAAGGAAGUUCCAGCUGCAUAUCUGCCUACACAAAGCCACCAGUGCCCAGUAUUCCAGAUGAUGUAGCAAUAAUGGUCACUCCAAUGAGCCAGAGUGUAAUAACUCUGGAAUUCAGUGACAGUCUUCUAAAUAGCGAACCAAUUCAAGCCUAUGGUGUUCUGCUGUCAACUGACCCAAACAGUAACAUUUCCAGUAAUUCCAUAACAAUGACCUAUAAUGAUUAUCUACAAGGAAAUACAAAGACAUAUCUCACUGUUUUAAAAUUAAAUAAUAAUAUCAUUACCAGAAGCAACAUGAUUAAAAUUGAAAUUGGAAGUACCAAUGAUGCAUACAUAACUAGGAAUACAAAUUAUAAAAAUGGACCUCUGACUAAUCAGAAAUACAGGGUGGCCUUGGUUCUGUUUACCUACAUAAAAAUCAAAGACAGGCUUGUGGACAUUCAGCAAUCAGUCUUCUCUGUGACACCUUUUGCCAGCAUCACUGGAAAACCAUCAGACCAUAAAUCAAACACUGUUACAAUUGUUUUGGCUGUGCUGUUGCCCAUCAUCUGUUCUUUGCUCAUCAUCAUAAUCAUCAGCAUCAGCAUCUGUCAUUUGAGAAGUGACAGGCUUAGGUUUCACCACAACUCUGACGAGGAUGAAGCAGUUACUGAAAGUAUUGAUCUACAACCAACCUACUGCAUGUUAAUUUCAGUAAUGUACCAAGACCAACUAUAGGUCCUGCUUCCAAUUUUGUUUAAAGAACCUAAAAGAAGCACAUGCUGAAACACCCUGAGCUUUUCCAUCCAAGUGCAUCUGCCUUGGAUUGUAAUGAACCUAACUGCAUCAUCACAGAUCAAUCUUCUUUGACUGUUUGCUUGCUUAUGACUGACUAACAAUC